CUUGUUCUUGUUUCGAAAACCUAAACCUUCUUCUCUACAGAAGACGCAUCUCUCUCCUCUUCUUCCACGUUUCCUUUCCCCUUUUGCAAUCUGAAAUUGCCCAAAAUUUAUGCAGUGUUUUUUCCUAUCCUUUCUUCUUUCUUUCCAACUAGAAGUUUAGUUUUGCCUUUUCUAAUUCUCUUUACUUGGUUAAGAGAUAUGCGCUCCCGAUACUAAACCAUGAUCUCGUUGAGGGGUUUCUGGAGCAGGCACCGGAGGAGGAUCUUGAUUUCUCUCGGGGUAGUUGGGAGUGGGUUCGUGAUUUAUAAGCUCUAUGAUGCUCACAGGAGAAGGAUAUACCAUGUGGAGCAGCAAUUGGACGGCGAACGCAGAGUCGACGAGCUUAUUAAAGCCCAAUUGCAGACCCACUUUGAAAACAUACAAAGAAUUUCGGACACGACGACGUUGCCAUAUGCCAUGCACUAUCUGCGCUCGCGCAUAUCGGAGGAAUUAGACCUUUCGCAUUUGACCGAGAAGCUAAUGCAAGGGAAAGGCCAAUCCAAUGCUCUUUCGUCUAAAGGGAAGCUUGAACUGUGGGAAAAGCUUAAAGUUUUGAGUUUCACGAGAACAGCUGCUUCCUUGUGGUCGAUGACGAUGCUCAGCUUGUAUGUAAGAGUUCAGGUCAACAUUUUAGGGAGACAUCUCUACCUAGAGAUUGCCCGUGGUUCAGAAAGCUCCCAGUUGCUGGGUGAAUCUGAUUCCUUUAGCAAGCAUGGCCAGCAAGAGUUUCUAGCAACUGCUGAUUAUCUCUCAACAUAUGGCAUCCAUACAUUAAUAAUGAACAUGCAGAGUGCUGCUAAUGAGAUUUUGAAAGAAAAGAAGCUCAAGGACCCUUUCAGCAUGAGCCAAUUGCAUGAAACCAUGAUGGAAAUAUUGGAGUUGUUUAUGGGCAUUGGAGAACCAAACUACUGGGUCAGUUACUUGGUACCUGAAAAUGCAACUGCUUACAGGCAGCUUGUGGCCAUGUCUGCCAGUGGUUUUGAUGAAUUGUCAGUUCUCAUGGAUGUGGGCAAACUCGAGCAGCUAAUGUCUGAGACACGAAUUGUGCUAUUAAGCCCUGAUUUUCGAAGCAUCGUGGAGAUGUCUUUGAAGCGGGUGGUGGAUGCACUAGUAGAGAACAUGGAGGCUCAAUUGGGAGGGUUGAGCGGAAUGCCUUUGGCCAAACUGUUGCCGCGAGUCGCUCAAUUGACCAAUCCACUGCUCGACGAACCAAGCAACAACAGAUUCAUCGAGAUCGUCCGAGGUUUGCCCGAGCUCGAACUUUUCUUCACUCUCCUCUAUACAAAAAUGCCUCAUGAAUCUUAAGCUCUUCUUGUGGAGAAAGAGGGAACAAAGUGAGGUGCGCUAGCUUGAUAAUUUUUAGAAACUGAUAAAAAUGCUGAUUAUUUAUCGUAAAGCCUUUUUUGAUUAUAUGUGGGUUCCGAAUUCCCAACGAUGUGGGGAAAUAAAGGUUGAGAGAAUCAGAAAGUUGGUCGAAAAUAUUAAGUGUUAUAAUUUAUAAUUUAAAUAUAGAUACACGUGUUCAUUAUU